AUGCAUGUCUCUUACGGCAAUCCCGCAAAUGCAAACUGUCUAAUUUCUUUCUCUUCCGCUCAGCUUUUUACUGUUCACUGCCUGUCUCACUGGCCUCUUCCGGUGCCUUUAGGUGAUUACAGGCCCUGGAAUAUUCCACCCAUUAAACGCCGUGAGCCCGACCCCUAUCGACCGCCUACAGUGCCCUUUGAAGCACUGCCAUCCUACCGGACGGAGUUUGUUCCACACUGUCAAGCACGUCCCAAGCUCAUCAAACCGGACAACGAGCUUUCUUUCUCGGACAAACCCCUGGAGGGUCUAACAGACUACCGUCAAAAUUAUGUGCCACAUCCGCUGGAGAAACGACCAGCCCCGCCAAAGCCUAUCGUGCGUGCACAGGCCCCCUUCGAGGGCAUGACGACCACGCAAGUGGACUAUACUCCAAAGGAGUUUUGUACGUACUUUCCACCUCUCUCUCUACCCGUUUUUGCGGUUGUAAAUUAUAGCCCGGGAAACACGGGGUCAACUUUCCCUACCAUAGCAUCUACCACAGAAAAUUUAGUGAACGGGGAAAUUACCAGCCAAGUUCGAGUUAGCCAUCAGAAGUUUACACAGUGUCCACAGAACCCUGACAGAUCGAUAAAAGUGAUAUGGUCUUCGGAGGGACGUUGCCUUUUUCGGGAAUUGUCAUUCGCAAGAUGA